GAGGUGCCUCGGGGCUGCCGGCCGCCCCCAGUAGAUCCCGCGGGCGCGGCGUGCCGGCGGCGGCGGCUGCGCGGAGCUGGGCUGGACCGUGGGCUGGCCCGCGGCUGGGGCGGCCGCUGGGCUGUGGUGGUCGCGCGGUGGCCUGAAGACGAACCGGCCGACGCGGACUGGGUGGGCGGCGGCCGCAGGGACCGGACAGGCGCGGUGUGUCAGGUCCCGCAGCUGGAGCAUGGGGAUGCGGCUCGUGCUGCUGGCCGCUGCUGCCAGCCUCGUGAGCGGUAUCACCGACAAUGGUCACGUGACAGAGGUGGUUGGGGUCGAGGACCGCAGCGUGGACCUUCCGUGCAACAUCACGUCUACGUACCCAGACGACAGCGCCGUGCUGGUGCUCUGGUACCGAGACGAUGAGGGAAUCCCGACAUACAGUUUUGACGGUCGAAACGAUCGAUCGUUCUCGGAGCGUUCUGAGAUCGGUGACCGGGGCACGGUCGUUCGCGCCACGUUCAUACACGGCACGCGGCCGGCGGUGCUGCGGCUGGCCACCGUCCGGCGACAGGAUGCCGGGAGGUACCGGUGUCGAGUCGACUUCCGCUUCAGCCCAACACGCAACCACCGGCUGCGCCUCUCUGUUAUCAUUCCACCGGGCGAGCCAGAGUUUAUACACGAUGGCCAGACCGUGUCAGGGAUUAUCGGACCUCUGCAGGAAGGCCAGCCUCUGGAGGUCACCUGCAGGUCACGGGGAGGCCGGCCGCCGCCGCGCGUCACGUGGUUCCGAGACGGCCGCCUAUUGGACGACACGGACAGCGGUGACCAGGGGUCGGGUCAGGUGACUAACGUGCUGCGACUGCCGCCUCUGGGCCGGGACGACCUGCACUCGAGUCUGGUCUGCUCGGCGGCAAAUAACAACAUCAGCUCUCCCGUCAUCAGCAAACUGGUCAUUGAGAUGAGCUUCCGGCCGCUGUCGGUGUCAAUCCUGGGCUCCGCACAGACCUCGCUGGAGCCCGGCCAUCCGUACGAGCUGGUGUGUCACAUCGUGGGCUCUCGACCACCGGCCAAUGUCACCUGGUGGAUUGGGCAACGACGACUCACCGGAGACACGCUCAUGGAGAUGAGCCAGGGUAACAUCACGAGCAGCACUCUGCCUUUCACGCCCACUGCGGCAGACAACGGCCGGUUCCUCCGCUGUCGAGCAGAGAACCGUCUGGUCAGGGACGGAGUCCUCGAGGACAGCAGGGUGCUCAACGUGCGCUUCGCUCCCAUCGUGAGUUUGCGAUUGGGUCCGUCUCUGGACCCAAAGAACAUACGGGAAGGCCAGGACGUCUACUUCGAGUGUGACAUCAAGGCCAAUCCCGUCAUUUACAGCCUGAGCUGGCUACAUAACGACCGUCCGAUAGUGCCCAGUCUUCCCUCUGUUGAGGCCGACAUUGUCAGUAUCAACGGACACAGUCUGGUGAUCCGGAACCUGACGCGACGCUCGGCAGGACGAUACGUGUGCCGUGCGGUCAACCCAGAGGGAGAAACGGACAGCCGGCCCAUACACAUGGCUGUGCUGUAUUCGCCCGUGUGCGUGACAGAGCAGCAGAUUCAGUACGGCACUGCUAAGAGCGAGCCGGCCCAGGUGACGUGUCAGGUGGACGCUAACCCUGCCGACGUCACCUUCCGCUGGCAGUUCAACACCAGCAUCGAGACACUGGACCUGCCCUUCUCGCAGAUCACAUCCAGUGGGAUGCGGAGCCGGGCACUCUACACGCCCAAGACCGACCUCGACUACGGCAUACUGGUGUGCGCGGCUGACAAUGGCAUUGGCCACAUGGCCAGACCUUGUGUCUUCCACAUCGUACCCGCAGGUCCUCCGGACCCGGUGCACAACUGUUCGGUGGUCAACCAGACGUCCGAGUCACUGCGCGUGGUCUGCUCGGCCGGCUUUGACGGCGGCCUGCCGCAGCGCUUCAGUGCCGAGCUGUACGACGCUACCUCCGGACGGCUGGAGCGAAACCUGAGCGCCGGCCGGCCAGAGUUCGAGGCCGAGCGGCUGCCGGCCGGCGUCGAGCUGCGCGUGCGUCUGUACGCUUUCAACGCGCGCGGCCGCAGCAGACCCACCACCCUCGACGGCUUCACGCUCAAGGCCGCCGAGAAGCGCAUCAGCAGCAGCAGUAGCAGCAGCAGCAACAGCGCCAGCAGCAGCAGCAACACUGGAACAGAGGCGCCACCCGACCACGGUUUGAUGUUGACGCCUCUGCUGGCCAUCCUAAUCGGCGUGGUGGCCUCCCUCAUCAUCAUCGCGGUCGGCGUGGUCGUCUGCUUCAAACUCGGCAGUCGUCGCCAGGCCAAGCCGCCGGCGCCCCAGGCCGACCUGAUCCACUCUUCACUGAUGCUGAAGGAGAGAAUGACCCCGAGUCCUGCGCCAGACCGGCCUACGGUGGUCGGGGCCAAGCUGGGCGACUCGGAGAACCCAGACGUGAUCCCCAGCGGACACUGCCUGCAGAUCAACCAGCACCCGAGCGUUCACGAUUCGGGCUACGACUUGGCUCCAACGAGUCAUCUUCUGAACCACUUGAGUGUUAGCUGGCCACGAAAGGGCUCACCUAACCUGUCCCCGCGCCCGAUGAGCCAUCAGAUUGGCUGCAGGCGCGACCAGGGCGGCGUGCCGUUUGACGACCUGACCCUGCCCCGGUCGGGUCACGCUGGGAGAACGGCACGUCCAGCGGACUCGCAGCCCGUGGUGACAUUCGCCACGUUCAACCCCCGUCGGCCAGCGCUGGCCACCAGCGGAGUGCGAACUGUGAGGAGCGCCGAUCAGGAGAGUGUGGUGUAGGAGCGAGCCGUCAGGGAUUAGGAGUCUUGCUUAGGAGCAGGAUCGUCCGGUGUAGGAGUAGGCGGUCAGGAGUGUUGUGCAGUCUCGACCGUCCAGCAGCGACCAACAAGGAUUGAAUAUAGGCGGGUGGUCAGGGCAGGGUUGUGCGCGAAGGUCGCGAGUCGGUGGAGAGUUGUAUGAAGCUGUCCUGUGCGGAGGACGCCAGCGCUCUAAUGCAGUCAGCAGUGUCUGCCACGGGCCGUCGCGAGCUGGGCCCGCUCUCUGCAGCUGGACUGCCGGGCCAUAUUCUUGGCUGCGGUGAAGUCAAAACGCCGCUCCGAUAAUCAGAGCUGAAAAGCCAUGUUCCUAUGUGAUAUGUUGUGCUUCAGCUAUGGAUGGUUGUCUGCGACAAGUGCUCGCAAAGUCCGGAAGUUAUGAAUUGACUUGUCCGCGGACUUAGGGCCUGAAGGCCGUGGAGACGGCGUGAGGCUUUUUAUGCGUCGUACCAGUCAUAAUGUUUGCAUAAUGUGGCAUGUUUCUGUUCUGUCGUCAUAUCAUUACCAUGUGCUGUGCCGCCCAUGCUUUUCCUGGGAUGACAGUUAUCAUUUGUCUCUGUCGUCGUUUGGCCUGAAGAGACCACCGAAAACACAUGCAACGGAAGGAUAGUUGUCUUAUAUAGUGAAAGGAAUGAAGGUAAAAUUUACUCAUCCCUUUAUCAAAAUAAUCGGAAUGCUCGAUGCAGGACUCCGUUUAUUGGUCUAUUAACUGGUCAUUGGUCGAUGGAAAAGGCAGUUGGAAGAAAGCAUUUUCCGUUGACAGAUGACCACCACAGGUAUAUCAUACACACGUCACACUUGUCCGCAUUUGAUGUAAGUGCGCUUCGUCAAGAUGUGUCAAACUUUGUAGUAUAUUUGUUCAUCCAUUGGCUACCGGGGGAGAGGGAACUAGUGGAGCCAUCAUGGCUGCCGCCUGCCAAUGAUGUUUGUGCUGAUAUAAUUGGUGCUGUACUUCGCGUGUAUUGUAAGCUGUAUUAAUUGUAUCUGCCAAGGCGUGCAGUGUGCAUUGUGAGUUUUAUACAUAGUGUACCUCCUA